UGAGGGUGUAUCCCCAAGCGGUGCCGAAAUAUGGCCCUGGUUUCAGGAAACGUAAAAACUGGGUUGCGGAACAACCAAUUCUAAAAGAUAAACCGUCCAAAGAUGGACCAUUGUCUUUAUUCGCAACCAGUCUAAGGCAUCAAACAACAGAAUUUUUCAACAAUUCCACGUUGCAUGGUGUUCGAUAUAUUGCGGAGAAAGAACGACCGUUUUGCGAGAAGUUUAUGUGGUUCAGUUUUGUUGCUAUAGGGGCUGUGGCUACUUGUAUUAUUAUUGUAAGUUUAUGGGAGAAGUUUCAGACUAAUCCUACGAUUACAGGCUUAGAUACCGAUUUCCAUAACUGGGACGUUCCGUUUCCUGCCGUUACAUUAUGCGAUCAUAAUCCAGUUGACGAAGAGUUGCUUCAAGCAUACAUUAACAAAACGUGGGAAUCCGACCCUCCCUCAAAAGCUCCAGACAUGUUGCGGUGGCUAGCGUCAUUAAGUUAUGAAUCUAUUGCAAGCCGAGCUUCGGAAUUUGUUAAUGAUCAUUAUAUAAUAGAAAACGGCCAGGUUGAACCUAUUCUACGUCCUAAAGAUGCUGUUUUCAGCAUUGUAAGACACUGUGAAACAUUGUUCUACGAUUGCGAAUGGAAAGGAGAUUCCGAGGAAUGCUGUACUUUGCUUGUGCCAGUGUUUACAGAAAUGGGAUUUUGUUACGCUUUCAACUCGCGACACGCAGAACGUUCAUGGCCUUGGCAAGCACAAAACGAACUCUUUACGGAAGCAUUUAUUCACGAAACUGACGCGAAGUGGUCCUUCAUGUUCAAUUCGUUUCGUAAUGAUACGACUAUUGAUAUAUACAUACACUCUACGGAAGAAAUGGCUGGUUUGGAGCAGAAUGCUCAGCACUCUUGGGACCGUCGCGUGGAGAAAGUUUCCUUCUCCGUCAAACACACGUACACAACAGAAGAUGCUCGUCAGCUCUCGAUUCGCCAGCGCCGUUGCAUCUUCGCUGAUGAGCAAACUUUGGAAACUUCCAAGAUUUACACUUAUACAGCGUGUAUGCGACAGUGUCGAAUGCAGCGGGCUCGGUCCUUUUGCAAAUGCGUUCCACACUUUUAUCCUCACAUAAAAGGCUAUAAGUAUUGCACUGUGAAGGAACUUGAAUGUAUAGCUAAGCAUGUUGCUGCAAUAACCGACGUGACUCGCUGUGCGUGUGAAUUAGGAUGUUCCCAUACAGUGUAUGAGGUUGAAAAACUUACAGACAUCGAUACCAACAAGGGCCCGUCACAAACUAACUCCCUUGAAACAGAAUUCGUUUCUUGGCCCAUGGUGAGGUACAAACGCGAAGUGCUUUUUGGUUGGGUCGAUCUUUUAGUAUCCUUCGGUGGCAUAGCAGGACUGUUCCUAGGAUUCUCACUCCUUUCGGGCGUUGAGUUGAUCUACUACUUCACGUUGCGUGCUUGUUGUGCGGUAGUGCGCGACGCGGACACACUGCGGCAAGAACGCGCAGAGCGUCUCGCCCGCCCGAAACCGCCGCACGACUUGAGCCUUGUGCCGUGGUGGAAGCAGCCUCCGGUUCCGAUGGACAAGCGACCUUUAAAGGUACAAGUUAAGGAUGUCCAGCCACCGCAAUAUUCGCCGCCUCCCCACUACACAACGUAUUUGCCUUGAUAACAAGAUUUUUCUUCAAAAUAUUUUAAACGAAUUAAACUAUUAUAGCAACCUAUA